UGAACUUACAGGGCUUAAGUCCUGGCAAAUCAUAGGUGGGGGAAAUGUCUGUACCAAGAUUCCAAAAAAUAAACUUUGGAACAUAUGAUAACUACAUUCCAGUCAGUGAAUUAAGCAAAAAAUCAUGGAAUCAGCAACACUUUGCCCUGAGAUUUCCCAAACCACCAAGGCCAGGAAAAAAAAGAAGAUCAAAACCAUCCCAACUACGAGACAAUGCAGUUCCUAUAUAUGAUUCAGAAAAAAUAAAAGAAGUUUCUAAGCGACCAUUAUGGAUGCACAGUUCUUUAAUGAGAAUUUCUGAGAGACCAUCUGAUUAUUUAGCUGCCAGGAGGCAGCGUCCAUAUAAACCAACCCAUCAGCCAAAGGAAGAUACUAAGGUAGCAGAUGUAGAAAAACCUGUAUAUCCAGAAACACCUAAGAAAGGUAAAGAAGACAAGCAAGAAGACAUGAAGGACAUAUCAGAGUCAGAAACAGAACCCACAGCUUUAAAGGAGCCAAAAAUAACUAAGAAAGAGUCAAAGAAAGAUAAGGAUAUAGAAACAGGAACUAGAGAUGAAAAAGAUGUUGCAAAAACAGAUGCCAAAAAAGAAAGAAAAGCUUCAAAGGAGGGCAAGGAGUCAGGUACAGAAUCUGAAGAUGAAAAGAAAGAUGUCAAGAAAGAGAAGAGAGCCCCAAAGAAGGGCAAGGAGUCAGGGGCAGAAUCUGAAGAUCAACAGAAAGAUGCCAAGAAAGAGAAGAAAGCCUCAAAGAAGGAGAAGGAGUCAGGUACAGAAUCUGAAGCUGAACAGAAAGAUGCCAAGAAAGAGAAGAAAGCCCCAAAGAAGGUCAAGGAGUCAGGUACAGAAUCUGAAGAUGAAAAGAAAGAUGCCAAGAAAGAGAAAAAAGCUUCGAUUAAGGGUAAAGGGUCAGGUGCAGAAUCUGGAGAUGAAAAGAAAGACGCUAAGAAAGAGAAAAAAGCAAAGGGCAAGGAGUCAGGUACAGAAUCUGAAGCUGAACAGAAAGAUGACAAGAAAGAGAAGAAAGCCCCAAAGAAGGGCAAGGAGUCAGGUACAGAAUCUGAAGAUGAAAAGAAAGAUGCCAAGAAAGAGAAGAAAGCCCCAAAGAAGGGCAAGGAGUCAGGUACAGAAUCUGAAGAUGAAAAGAAAGAUGCCAAGAAAGAGAAGAGAGCCUCAAAGAAGGACAAGGGAUCAGGUGCAGAAUCUGAGGAUGAAAAGAAAGAUGCCAAGAAAGAGAAGAAAGCCCCAAAGAAGGGCAAGGGGUCAGGUGCAGAAUCUGAAGAUGAAAAGAAAGAUGCCAAGAAAGAGAAGAGAGCCUCAAAGAAGGGCAAGGAGUCAGGUACAGAAUCUGAAGCUGAAAAGAAAGAUGCCAAGAAAGAUUCCAAGAAAGACAAGAAAGCUUCAAAGAAGGACAAAGGGUCUACAGAAUCUGAAGAUGCAAAGAAGGAUAAGGAUGGGAAAAAAGAUACAAAAAAAACAGGAGAGAAAGAUGACCAAUCGAAAGACAAGAAAGAUGCAAAGAAAAAGGGGAGUAAAAAAGGUAAGAAAGAUGAAAAGAAGGCCAGUGGGACAGAUACUGAAUCAAAGGAUGGUGCCAAAAAAGAUGCCAAGAAGGAUGCCAAGAAGGAUGCCAAGAAGGAUGCCAAGAAAGAUGUCAAGAAGGAUGCCAAGAAGGGCAAAUAAACCUUGAAUAAUAAUUCAAAAGCAUUUGAUAAACAAUUUUAGUAGUCUGAAACUGAAUAUGAGUGACAAGGGAAUUCAAAGAAUCAAAUAAUUUUUUUAAAUGGGGCAAAGAAGAAUAUAAAGCAAGACCCAGAAAAGCAUCAUAAAAUAUAAGAAAGAUAUGAAAAAUUAAAAGUGAUGAAUCAUUGAAGGACUUGGAGGAUACCUAUGCUAAGUUUGGGGAUAUGAAAGAUUCAAUGAAAGAUCCCUAGAAAGGUUCAAAGAAGAAUAUUCAAAUCAGGAUGUAGAAGUUAAUGACACUGGAUCUGUGGAU